AUGGUAUUGGAUACGUCGUUAACCAGUAAUAGGAAAACAAUUUUAGGUUAUGUUGAAUUAGAAUUAGGUUACGUUAGGUUCUUUGGUACGGGAUUAACGAUUAUAUAUAUUUUUACUAUAAACUAUAAAAUAAUACAAGUCCAAGUGCGCGUAAACAUGUUGUUGUUAAAACGUGGAUGUGAGGUGAACUUCAUACAAAGUUUGCCGAAAACGCUGAGAUUUCUUGCAGCGCAUUCAAGCGCCUCGGAACCAAAUGAACAGGAACAAUUUCGAGUACUGGAACUUUUCCCACGGAAAAAGAGCGUCAUGCACGAAAAGCAAAAAACACAUCAUAUAAACAUCCCACCACCCAGGUCAAACGAGAUGCCUAUCGACCAGGACUGGCCGUCGGUAUGGCCAGGUGCGCGAACCUUUCACCCUGCUUCUGUACCUCUUCCGUUGCGCCAAGGAUACCAAGAAAAAGACAUAGCACCGCCCAAUAAAUACGCCAAUGCCGAACUAAUGAAAAUACCAAAUUUCUUGCAUCUUACACCACCGGCGAUACAGAGGCAUUGUGAAGCGUUGAAACAGUUCUGUACAGAGUGGCCCGCUGGUUUGGAAACAGAGGAGAAAUGCAUGAAACAUUUUCCAGUCGAGAUCAUUACAUCUGAUUAUUGCUACUCUUCGCCUACCAUAAGAGAGCCACUCGCUAGGAUUGUGAGUCUACGAGUGAGGAUCUCCUCCCUUCAUUUAGAUACUCAUGCCAAAGAUAAGCUGCUGCGAUUACUAGGAAACAGGUACAAUCCAGACACAGAUAUAAUAACAAUUACGGCUGAUAGAUGCCCAACCAAAAAGCAAAACUUGGAGUAUGUACGAUAUUUAUUGACAGCGGUGUAUCACGAAUCUUGGAAGGUAGAAUCAUGGGAAGCCGAGAAAUCAGUGGCAGACAUGGAGUAUUACGAUUGGGACACCAGCCCGAGUCGUACUCACCUAGUAACGCUGUACAAAUGGCCGGAACCACCGAUGGAUUAUGAUUACGAAACUAUUCCGCAUGCAACGGAAUACAAAAUUGCAGUUUCAGAUCUUAUAAACAACGGCGAAGAUCAAUACUCGGUCAAUAAGUACAAAGAAGCUGUUAAAAAUUUAUUAAACCUUAAGUGUGAUAAUAAAGGUUGAAAAGUUAUAUUUAUAUUAUUAACAUCUCAGAUCGAUUGUG